AUGAGCCACAAAAACGAAGACAUCAUCAAAGAAACGACGAUGAGCUUCACUGCUUCUCUCGUCUCUUCUUUGGCGUCUCCGUCUCUCGUCCAGCUCCAAGAUCUUCCUCAUUCCUUCUCUCUCGGAAACAAAGUCGUCAAGCUAACAACCGUCGCUCGUUCACGGCGGCAACUGUCCGUAGCCUGUACUCCUGCAGCCAACGACGUUGUGCUCGAAACAGCUCCGACAUCGGCGUCUGAGGUAGUAUCCAGCUUCUACGCAGCCAUUAACAGCCAUGAUUUAUCCUCCGUUACAGACCUCAUAGCUCAGGACUGCGUUUACGAGGAUCUCGUCUUCUCAUCCCCCUUUGUUGGCCGAACGGCAAUUCUAGAUUUCUUCGGAAAGUUCAUUGGUUCAACGAGUACUGAUCUGCAAUUCGUGAUUGAUGACAUUUCCAAAGAGGACUCUUCAGCUGUUGGAGUCUCGUGGCAUUUAGAAUGGAAAGGCAAGAACUUCCCAUUUAGCAAAGGUUGCAGCUUUUACCGGCUUGAAGUAAUCGACGGCAAGAGACAGAUUGUGUAUGGAAGGGACUGCGUUGAGCCUGCAAUCAAACCUGGAGAAACAGUUCUGGCUGCUAUAAAGGGAGUUACCUGGUUGCUGCAGAAAUUUCCUCAACUGGCUGACCAAUUCUGA